GAGCCGAUUUGCAUGCGGCCGCCGCGGCCGCUGCCUGCGCCCGAGCCCGCCGCCGCCGCCGGAGCCCGCGCCCGCGCCCGACCCGCGCGGCCCCAUGCCUCUGGCGCGGCCCUCGGGGGGGCGAAGCUGAAGACCGGCUCCUAGGAUGAGUGAAGGGGCGGCCGCUGCCUCGCCACCUGGUGCCGCUUCGGCAGCCGCCGCCUCGGCCGAGGAGGGCACCGCGGCGGCUGCGGCGGCGGCAGCGGCGGGCGGGGGCCCGGACGGCGGCGGCGAAGGGGCGGCCGAGCCCCCCCGGGAGUUACGCUGUAGCGACUGCAUCGUGUGGAACCGGCAGCAGACGUGGCUGUGCGUGGUACCUCUGUUCAUCGGCUUCAUCGGCCUGGGGCUCAGCCUCAUGCUUCUCAAAUGGAUCGUGGUGGGCUCCGUCAAGGAGUACGUGCCCACCGACCUAGUGGACUCCAAGGGGAUGGGCCAGGACCCCUUCUUCCUCUCGAAGCCCAGCUCUUUCCCCAAGGCCAUGGAGACCACCACCACUACCACCUCCACCACGUCCCCCGCCACCCCCUCCGCCGGGGGUGCCGCCUCCUCCAGGACGCCCAACCGGAUUAGCACUCGCCUGACCACCAUCACGCGGGCGCCCACUCGCUUCCCCGGGCACCGGGUGCCAAUCCGGGCCAGCCCGCGCUCCACCACAGCACGGAACACUGCGGCCCCCUCGACGGUCCUGUCCACCACGGCCCCGUUCUUUAGUAGCAGCACGCCGGGCUCCCGACCCCCGGUGCCAGGAACCCCAAGUACCCAGGCAAUGCCAUCCUGGCCCACUGCGGCAUACGCUACCUCCUCCUACCUUCACGAUUCUACUCCCUCCUGGACCCUGUCUCCCUUUCAGGAUGCUGCCUCCUCUUCUUCCUCUUCUUCCUCCUCCUCUACCACCACCACACCAGAAACUAGCACCAGCCCCAAAUUUCGUCCUAGAGACAGGAGGCAUGCCAUACAUGGCAACAUGGGGAAGACCAGAGUGGUCAGGAGGCAGAAACAGGAGCAAGAUACGACGACAUAUUCCACAGAGCGAUCCGAGCACUUCAAACCCUGCCGAGACAAGGACCUCGCAUACUGUCUCAACGAUGGCGAGUGCUUUGUGAUCGAAACCCUGACCGGAUCCCAUAAACACUGUCGGUGCAAAGAAGGCUACCAAGGAGUCCGUUGUGAUCAAUUUCUGCCGAAAACUGAUUCCAUCUUAUCGGAUCCAACAGACCACUUGGGGAUUGAAUUCAUGGAGAGUGAAGAAGUUUAUCAAAGGCAGGUGCUGUCAAUUUCAUGUAUCAUCUUUGGAAUUGUCAUCGUGGGCAUGUUCUGUGCAGCAUUCUACUUCAAAAGCAAGAAACAAGCUAAACAAAUCCAAGAGCAGCUGAAAGUGCCACAAAAUGGUAAAAGCUACAGUCUCAAAGCAUCCAGCACAAUGGCAAAGUCAGAGAACUUGGUGAAGAGCCAUGUCCAGCUACAAAAUUAUUCAAAGGUGGAAAGGCAUCCUGUGACUGCAUUGGAGAAAAUGAUGGAGUCAAGUUUUGUCGGCCCCCAGUCAUUCCCUGAAGUCCCUUCUCCUGACAGAGGAAGCCAGUCUGUCAAACACCACAGCAGGAGUUUAUCCUCUUGCUGCAGCCCAGGGCAAAGGAGUGGCAUGCUCCACAGGAAUGCCUUCAGAAGGACACCCCCGUCACCCCGAAGUAGGCUAGGCGGACUUGUGGGACCAGCAUAUCAGCAACUCGAAGAAUCAAGGAUCCCAGACCAGGAUACGAUACCUUGCCAAGGGAUAGAGGUCAGGAAGACUAUAUCCCACCUGCCUAUACAGCUGUGGUGUGUUGAAAGACCCCUGGACUUAAAGUAUUCAUCCAAUGGUUUAAAAACUCAACGAAAUACAUCAAUAAAUAUGCAACUGCCUUCAAGAGAGACAAACCCCUAUUUUAAUAGCUUGGAGCAAAAGGACCUGGUGGGCUAUUCAUCCACAAGGGCCAGUUCUGUGCCCAUCAUCCCUUCAGUGGGUUUAGAGGAAACCUGCCUGCAAAUGCCAGGGAUUUCUGAAGUCAAAAGCAUCAAAUGGUGCAAAAACUCCUAUUCAGCUGACGUUGUCAAUGUGAGUAUUCCAGUCAGCGAUUGUCUUAUAGCAGAACAACAUGAAGUGAAAAUAUUGCUAGAAACUGUCCAGGAGCAGAUCCGAAUUCUGACUGAUGCCAGACGGUCAGAAGACUACGAACUGGCCAGCGUAGAAACCGAGGACAGUGCAAGCGAAAACACAGCCUUUCUCCCCCUGAGUCCCACGGCCAAAUCAGAACGAGAGGCACAAUUUGUCUUAAGAAAUGAAAUACAAAGAGACUCUGCAUUGACCAAGUGACUGGAGAUGUAGGAAUCUGUGCAUUCUAUGCUUUGCUCAACAGGAAAGAGAGGAAAUCAAAUACGAAUUAUUUAUAUGCAUUAAUUUAAGAGCAUCUACUUAGAAGAAACCAAAUAGUCUAUCGCCCUCAUAUCAUAGUGUUUUUUAACAAAAUAUUUUUUUAAGGGAAAGAAAUGUUUCAGGAGGGAUAAAGCUUACCAUUAAAGCUUUGGGGUAGAAUUCUGAAUCCAAUUUCAGUUAGUCCCAACACUGUCCUCUUUGGCUCUUAGAAGAUGUGGGCAAUUCAGACCCUUGGCCCCACAAGUGCCAGUGUCUCAUUAAAACACACUGGUUUCAAAAAGAGGAGAGCUGCAUCCUGCAGGUGGAUGCGCCAGUGAGCAGGUGGCCCUUGCCAUUUGGCUUGCCAGUCCCAAGCCCUAAAUUUCUAUUCACCCAAUAGCCUCAUCACAGGUUAUGUCAUGUCGAGAAAUGUAGUGUUUUCUAUUUGAUUUUUGGAGAAUGCCACAAAAGACUCUGCAAUGGGAAGGAGGACAGGAGACAGAAGGAGAAACCGGGGGCAAUCUUAACUACUCUUGUGUGCCACCUUCCUCUGAGAUUUGAAUGCACAGAUCUCAGCUGGAGGUAUGAAAUUAUUACAGAAAAAGAGACAAACAAGUCACUAUGUCGUGUCACUAAAAUCAUGCUAAUAGAAAUGUUUUUCCUUGAGAUUGUUUAGAGGCUCUGGAGGAGCGUUUCUCAGUUUUUGUGUGCCUGUGUGCACAUGUGUGUGCGAGCGUGUGUGUGUGUGGACUUGCUCACGCGGACACAUAUGCUGUAAGCACAUGUGUUCAUUGUGCGUAUGUGUGUGCAUGUGUGCGCGUAUUACGCUUGCUAAAAUUUGUUCUGAAACAUCAGGGAAUCUAAUAUUCAGAAAAAGUGUUUCCCUCUUAGAUCUGUUCACUUCAAAUUUUUCCAUUAAGUAUAAAGUUCAGUUAGUUCUUAAAUCAAGGUCACUUGCAUGGUGGGGUCGUAUAAAACUCUUGACACUGUCUAGACCAUUUUCUGAUGUGAAUACUUUUGAGAGGAUCAACUAUUGGCUCAUUAAUGAUAUCAGUAUCAUAAGGUGAGUUAAUUGAGGGUGUGUGUUUAUUUUGAAUCAUGCCUACUUAAAUUAUUAACACAAGACAGUUAACAAAUUGACAGUUACCAUUUGCUUUCUCAUCAUCCUCAUUGCUAUUUAUUUUAUAGCAAGUCUACUAUGUGUGGACCAAGGCUUUGGCUUCUGUGGUUAGUAUGGGAAGAAUAAAUUGUUGAAAUAAAAAAACCCAGACUAUUCAGUUCACAAGAAGCCCCCCAAGAGAACAGUAAAUUGUGUUGUAUGUUCAUUUGGAAUAAAGCAAUAUUUUUACCACUGCUAAGGUGAACUGAAACCUCUCCUGAAGAUUUGUCUGUUUAUUUACCCUCACUUUCAUGGGACAUAUGAGGAAAUUAGUGUUCACAUACCCAGUCUUUUUCCAAUUAUUGGUGGUGUUGAGUUGUUAUGUUUACACUGUUUUAAAUAAAAAGGCACCGUAUUUGAAAGCAUAAAAGAUUUCUUUUACUGCAGUUUGGGAAAACCUUGGUUAAAAUCUCUUGGUGGAAGACACAUUCCAUGGAAAAGGAAUAUAACUAUUUCUGAGUCAAGAAGUAAAUAUAUACAGUUCUUACUUCAGGUUAAGUUGUUUCUGUUGAAAAUACAUUGCAAAUUGCUCUUCGGGAACAUCCGUUAUUAGUAGACAUAUUGUCAUCCAGAAAAAAGAAAGAGCACUAUGUAUUUAUCAGAACUACUUAAUAGAAAUUCAAAGUCUCAGAUGUUGAAACACUGGUAAAAAUGCACUUUACAUUUAACAAAAGAUUGUGUGAUAUUUAUUAUUUGUUCUGUUAUAGUUCCAUUGUUUUGAAUAUGGAGGUGAUAUUGGUAGAAUUUCAAAAGAUUAUUAUAAAUUUGUAAUGUCUAGAUCAUCUAAGUUCUCAUUUAAAAAUACAUCUAUGGGAACAUUUUAGAAAAUGGUCUUAAAAACUAACAGGUCUAUAAAAACCCAAUAAGUUGGGCAUCCAAUAUGUCAUUGUGUUGAAAUUUAUCACAAUUAUCAAACAACUGGAAGGCCUCAAAACUUUGUUGAAGUCAACCUUGUUCUUGUUUUGUUUGUUUUGCUUUUGUUUCUAACUAAAAUGUUGUACUUGCUUAUCUGGAAGAUUGGUUCUGAAUUUACCAUUAAGAAGUUAUAUGCUGUGCGACUCACUGCAGUUAUUCUAACAUAUUGUUUACACUGAAAACAUUAAGAUUGUCAAUGAAACUUAUGUCUUGGUCCAACCCCUUUUUUAAAAAUAUGAAAAACUGUAUUAUGUGACUAUAACCCCACCCCCAUGUAUUCUAAAAAAGCAUUAAUAAUCUGGCAAAUCUACUGGAAGUCUGAUAUAAAGUUCAGAGAUACAAUUACUCCCUUAAUUAGUAGUCAAGAUAAAAUCCUCCAUAAAUAAUCUGUAUUAAUGGUUACUUUUUAGUGGUCAUUUGUCUCCUUUAGGAAUAUGAGGCUUUCCUGUGAAAAGUAUCCAAGCUCAAAGUUUACAUCCUUGGGCGCCAGCUGACAAGUGCUGAUGGCAUCAGUACUUUCAAAGUGAAUCCAACAUGAAAAACACUGGGAGCCAUCAGUACUUGAUCCUUCAAGCUCAUGUGCUUAUUUCAACAAAAUACAUUUGAUUUUGCUUCAUUUUCCUUGUCUUUAUUAUGUGAAUAUGUAUUUGGAAAUUUGUAAUUAAAUACACUACAGAUUCAUUAUUUGCUGGAGAA